CUGAGGAACACUUAUCAACGACUGGCAACUACGGGGGUUCCGCCGCUUGCACGCGUUCUGUACGCGCGUGCAGCUUUCUAUUAAUAUUAUCGGCUGUGCAAGGAGCCUCGGCCCUUGGAAAUAGUCGCAUACAUAUAAGAGGCCAGGUCGUCUCGCAACAGUGCAAUCAUUUCACACCCUCACAUCAAUCAAACUGUGCGGCUUCCGUAGAGACAAAGGCUCAGGCAAUAAGCAAAGCCCCCAUCCACGCGAAGCCAUGGCCGCCUAUCCCACUCACUUCCGGGAUGUCGUGGAACAACUGCUCCAGAAUCUGAGAUCAGAGAAAGACUCAGAGGCACAUAGGAUCUUCCGUUCACACCCUGGACACAAGUCUAAGCACAUAAUCCCAGAAACUGUCAACCCUAAUGAAGAGACUGUUCCAGGGGUGCAACACCCAGGAUCGACAGGCGUUAUAUAUUGCACUGACCGUGCUAUGGCCAAUGGUUUUACAUACGGAGACCCGCAAUGGGCCAAUCUCGGUCAAGGUGCACCAGAAGUAGGGGAAAUACCCGAUGCACCACCUCGCAUCACUAGUUUCCAAAUACCAGUGGAAGCACUGGAGUACGGUCCCACCACAGGCGUGAAAGCAUUCCGUCAAGCUGUCGCCAAUCUGUACAAUAUACAGUAUCGCCAAGGGAAAGAAAGCAAGUAUACGUAUGAGAACGUAUGUAUCGUCCCUGGUGGGCGUGCUGGCAUGAGCCGCGUGGCUGCAGUUGUCGGCGAUGUGUAUUGUGGAUAUCAAGUUCCAGAGUACACAACUUAUAGUGAGGUCCUGUCCGUGUUCAAACGCCUGGUUCCUGUCCCCACUGCGCUGAAACCUGAGAACGAAUAUCGAAUCGACGUCGAACAGUUGAAGGGAGAUAUCAGGACGCAGGGUCUCCAGGUUAUCGUUGCUUCUAACCCCAGGAACCCCACAGGCCAGGUAAUCAGAGGCGAGGAUCUCAAAGCAUUAAUCAAAGUUUGCAUACCACAUACAACUCUCGUUUUGGAUGAGUUCUAUUCAUGGUACAUCUAUCCCAAGGAAGGCGAGGAUUAUGGCCAGUCUGUCAGCGGCGCCGCUUUCGUGGAGGACGUCAACGAGGACCCUGUCGUUCUCAUCGAUGGUCUUACAAAGAAUUUCCGUCUUCCGGGUUGGCGCACCUGCUGGGUAAUUGGCCCCAAAAACCUCAUCAGCGCUCUAUCUCAGAGUGGUUCUUUUCUUGAUGGAGGUGCCAACCAUCCGCUGCAAAUUGCUGGAUUGCCAUUACUCGAUCCUGAUCGCGUGAUUCAGGAGAAACUCGCUCUGCAGAAACACUUCCACAAGAAGCGUGACCAUGUAUUGAAGAGGCUUGCCGAGAUUGGGUUGCCCGUGAAGGUGAUUCCUCAUGCGACGUUCUAUAUCUGGUUAGACCUGUCCAGUUUGCCUCAUCCGUUGGAUGAUGGCUUGACAUUUUUCGAAGAGCUUCUGAGGGAAAAGACUAUUGUCAUCCCAGGGAUCUUCUUUGAGAUCAAUCCCGCUCACAGACGCGAUCUCUUUGCUUCUCCUUGCCACCACUUCAUCCGUAUCUCAUUUGGUCCUCCGUUAUCUGAACUUGAUAAAGGACUCGAUGCCAUUGCCAGGGUCCUAGAGCGUGUCAGAAGGGAAGGGGCGAAAGACUUUGGCCACAGCUACAAACACUCUGGAGGGGAGAGUGCUGUUCACCAGUGAAGAAUAACGGCCCGUCCAGCGACUCUAAAGAUCGUUUGUUCGUAAAUGUAUGUUUGUCAUCUACGUGAGAUAUUGUACUCGUACCCGCGUUGAUACGUGGCAAUGCGGCUAUCCCAGCACAUGAGGGGAUCGUCAAUACAUGACUGGUUGAUGUCGUCGA